CAGAUCUAAUCGAUAGUGUCUUUGAGCGACUCGAGGUUGGCAAUGCUCUGGAAAAUGUGGAUCAAUUCCUCACACAGCUGAACGCAAAUGAACAGGUCCCAGAAUUCACACCUGUUGUGAGAGAUCUUAUGAUGAACAAGACCUUCAUCAUCAUCAGUCCCUAUUUCCAGGGCUUCCACAAAGAUGACUUUUAUGCUUGGUUCCAUGUCAAACUGAUUUCCAUCCUGGCUAGUUUCACUCCAGAGAUGCUCACCAAUGCAACCUCAGGCAUAAACUGCACAAACUACCAAGUUGUUGUGAGCGGGUUGGCCCAAGUUUUUCCUGCCAUACCGAUGCAGAGACUUCAAGGAAUCACAGACGUUUUGCUGGGCUACCUGAGAAAAUCUGUCAGUGUCAUUAAUACACCAGUUUGCAGGCAGGAAAUCCAGAAUGAUGUUGAGUGGGUUGAAAUAAACUUGGGUCCAUUUUCUCAAUAUACAACCUACUCUGACCUCAAAGUCUUCAACCUCUCUCAGGUUACCAUAAUAGAUUCGCUUCCUUCUGCACAAAAAGCCCAAUUCCUUCUUGAAGGAAACAACUUGUCCAAUGAAACUCUUUUGUUACUUGUAUUCUCAAGACUUGAGUCAGCAUCUUUGGAAAGUCUUGAGUCUUUCUUUGAAGUAUUGGUUGGUGGAACUGCAGAGCUAAACCUGACCACAGUUGUGCGCAAGACCAUCCUAAAUCUGACAUUAACAGCACUAAGCCCAAAUCUUCCCAUGUUAAAUGCUGAAGGCUACAAGUUAUGGUUCCAGGUGUACCUACCUUUGUUUCUUCCAAGUUUUGACAACGGAAUCUUUGAAAUUAUUCCAAGAAAUAUCACCUGUGACUCUUAUCAAGAAAUUGUCAAAGGGUUCGAUAACAUUUUCACUCAACUCUCUGAGUGGCAAACCCAGCAGGCUUUCAGCUUCAUGUUAGAUUAUCUCAGGAAGCAACCCUCCCCAGGUCUCUCUUGUGUUACACCUGAAACCGAUAACAGGCGAUGGCUGGAAAGUGACUUUGGCCAUUUCUAUGUUCUGGCCUCCUUUAUGGAUCUGGUGUCCUUAAAAAGUAAUUUCAGUGGAGUGGAAGUUGCAGAUCUUCUCACUGUCAGUCAGCUCAGCCAGCUGGCAUCAAUCCCCACUCAGCUGAAUGGGGCACAAGAUGUGACAACAAUCAUGGCAGUCAUCAACCCUGCUGACUUUGCUGCUUUCUUUGACACAGUCUCAGCAGCAAUUGAGGUACAGUCAGCCAACUACUCACAGGAAGUGAAAUCUGCCUUCCUCCAGGCAGUUUUUGACAGAGGAGGUCUGUCCUCCUCCGCUGUGAGUGACAAUGUUUUCCUGCUGUGGCUUGAGGUGCGACUAAGGCCCUUGUUAGUUGACCUUUCUCCGAAAUUGGUGUCACCGUUAUUCAGCAUGGUGACACACAGGAGCUGUAGCAGCAGCCAAGAGAUGAUCACAUUACUUGACACACUGCAGAAUACACUGAGCAACAACACCCAAAAGGAAAUCUACAACAACAUUGUCCUGUUCCUCCAAGGUCCAGUGCCACUGAAAUGUUACAGUGGUGGAAGCUUCUACAGCUAUCUCAACAGCGUUUUCCACAGUUUUGGCUUUCCAGAUUUGCCUACGUUCAUAUCACUUCUGCCAUCUACAAGAAAGUCAGAGCUCAUAAGUACCUUCAGCACCUCAGAACUGCAACAGUUUCUCAGUCAAUCCAGUGUGAUUAAUAACAACUCGGGCAUUUGUGACAUUUUCAACAACUUCAACAACACUGCCACCUUCCUUGAAACUGCGGACGUUCCAGAUGAUUUGAAGGUAUUGAUCCUCCCCUGUGUCUGGCCCUUGGUGCUGAGCAGCUACAGCAGAAUUGAGGUUAAUUUGUGGUUUAACCUGCGGUUGAAGAACUAUUUAAGAUUCCUCACUAAAAACCUCAUCAGCUACACUGAAGUACAGAAUACCACAUGUGUCGCCUUCCAGAAACUGGUCAGUUUUAUGGGAAACAGCUUCACAUACAACAUCUCAGAGUUUGGACGGGCUGAUGUGUACACAUCCAUCAACAGCUACUUAAGAGUUGCCACAGGGUCUGGAGCCAGAUGCUACAAUUCCAGCGAUCCAGAACUAAACUCUACCUCCUGGUUUGCCAACUACAUCGGCAGCUUUGUGACAUUUAUCACCCUGGAUGAUCUCACCGCCUUUGUCUCCACCACUCAAAUUGGGGUAUUCUUGGAGGACCAAGCCAAUCUAAAGCUGUUCAAUAACACAGCUAUCCCACAAAAUGUAACCAGCUACUACAUCUUGCAGCUUUUCGCUUUCAACUCAUCCUUCAACCCUAUUAACCUUCCAGGCUCUUUAUUGUGCUCAUCUGUCAUCCCAACUUCGGCAUAUUUGUCUCUGAAUGAAGCUGAUGCCUUAGCUGUCUUGAACAGACGGAACCAUUUCUGCAAUGGAACAAAUGAUCCUGAGAUAUCUGCUGCUCUGGCGUCCACCAUUCAGACCAUCACAACGCAGAUGUUUGUAGAUCUUGGCAACGCUAGUUCAGGCCUGACCAUCAGCCAGAUCACUUCUGUGUCCCCAUCAGUACUGACCUCCUCUUUGUCCACCCUGAGCUCAGUGACCACCUGGAGCCAGGGCCAAGCCAACAUCAUCAUCCAAACCAUUACCUCCUCAGGUUUCCAGAUCAACAGUUCAUCUGUACUGCAAUCCCUCGGCACACUGGUUGUUGGACUUCCUGCUCAGUCCAUAGAGAAUAUUGCAGCUUCUGAACUACUCAGCAUCUCUACGAGCACCAGCUUUGUUUCCAACAUGCUGGCAGCCCCAACAGUUGUCCAGCAAACCUUCGUCCAAAAGAUUAUUUCUGUGGACCCAAAUCCAACCAUUGUGGUGCUGAAUGUCCCAGAUGCCAUGGCAACUCAGAUUCCACCAUCCCUGUUGGUGUUUUCUGGAGCAACUGCAAAUAUCAAUGUGAUGAACAAAAAGACAUGGACUCCAGAUCAGGCCACCAUGUUUUUUGGGAAUCUGGGUGAAACAGCUUUCGACAUUGAGCAGCUUUCUCCAUCUGUGCUGCAAGGCUUCACAUGUACAUCAGCUGAUAAAAUGACAAAAGGCAGGAUCAAUCAAUUAAUACACGCUUGCAGACCAAGAGGAGGCAGAGCCAAGGUGCAGCUGACGGAAGCGCGGCUGACUUGCAUGUACAACCUGCUCCAUGGAGCUCUUUCUCAGAACUUCACAGAUUAUCCCUCAGACAUGCUUCUCUACUUCAAGAGUACAGAUGUCCAGAAAAGCAACUGCAGGUCGUACUUUUCAGCUCUGGGUGCUGCAGAUUUUUCUGUAGCCUCUACAAUUUUGAACAAGUCUCCACAGCUAUUUAGUGACGCCAGGACCUGCUUGGGUAUAAAUGGGAAGAAUCUGAGCAGAGACAACAUAGAAGUACUAGGGAACAUGAUCUGCACCCUGGAUGGAUCUUACAUCAAGGACUCUGAUCCUUUCAUCCUAGAAACACUCAAAGCCUGCAAAGAUUUCUCUGACAGCCAGGUGGCUGCCAUGGAGUCACUACUUCUGUCUGGGAAAACAAAAUACGGGACUACCACCACCUGGAACCAGCAAACACUGAAGGACCUUGGGACCCUCCCUCUAUACUUCACAAGAAACCUUUGGGGCUACUUCAAAUCUUCAAUAAAGGAAGCAUUCCUUCAAAGCUUUAUGCCCUACUUAAGGACAAAAAACACACAAAAAAGGAAGCUCAACAAUCUGUUUCAACAGAUUACCUCACUUGUGGCUAAACGAGGAGCAGGCUGCACUGCUGGCAACAUCACCCAGGUGACUGUUAGUGAUGGUGCAUUCCCCUUUGGCUACGAUCAAACACAAUUUGACCUCUGCCUGGACGUCCCAGUUCUGAAGGAUAACCUCAACUCUAUCUGUGAGAAAGUUGAUGACAAUAACUACCAGCAAAUCAUUCUGCAGAAACUCAAUGAGGCAUACCCAUCAGGAGUUCCUGAUGAGGCAGUCCAGAUGCUUGGUUCAGUGUCUCGUGUGGCAUCACUUGAUGACAUCUCUAAGUGGAAGAUCACUAAAAUUGACACCCUGGCAGCUCUCAUGAUAACAUCAGAUGGACCCUGGGAGACAGCAAACAUCAAAAAAAUCAUCGAAAAGUAUCUGAACACUUCUGGGAAGUCCCUGGGCAGCACUGAGCUGAACAUUAUUAACUCCUACGUGUGCUCUUUAAACACCAGCACAUUAAAAACCAUCAGCUCUGACAGUAUCAGAAAUGCCAACCUUCUGAAUGUGACGGCAUGUUCAGUGGAGCAGAAAAGUGUCCUCUAUGAGAUCAGUACCUCUUCCUUCAGAUCAUUUCGUUCCAUUUCCUCUGGGUUUUACAAUUUAAUUAAGGCCUAUCUAGGUGGAGCACCUCUUGCGGACAUUGUAGCUUUAUCAACACAGAGCAUCAGCAUGGAUGUUGACACUUUUAGGAGUCUGGAACCUGAUGUGAUCACUGCUUUAACUGUGGCCAACGUGAAAGGCCUCAUGGGAAGCAAUUUACCUGAUCUGAAGUUGUUUGAGAAUGAUACUGUGAUUCAGACCUGGGUAAACCUGCAGCUGCAGUCAGAUCUGGACACACUGGGUGUGGGGCUAAUCAGCACCAGGACUUCAGAAUCCAGCUCAAACAGCACUGCAGCACCAGUUACAUCGAAUGCUACCACCAGCUCUCCAACAAAAGAAAACAUAAGUAACUCAGCAGAGUCCCCGACUAGUGCAACCACAACACAAGCUGCAACCACAAGUGGGGGAGUGGAGCUUGUGAACCUCUCAGCUCUCAUCUUCUUGGCUGUUCUGCUGACAGCUGUUCUGUAAAUCUGACUACAAGCAGCCUAAACAAAUAUUUAACUUCAGCAUCUUAAAUAAUAUAAGCAAUUAUUUUGUUUUUUUUCAUCUACAUCUGUGAUCAUGAUUUACUAAGAUCAUGAACUUUGUUGUUCAUGAUCUUUAUUUACAUUUAAAGAGAUUAAAAAUUACCUAUUAAUUUAAGCUUUUAUCUGUUUCUGUCUUGUAAAAGUAUUUAAAUGAUUUAUAACUUAACCAUCACAGGAAUCAUAAUGUAAAUUUUUUCAUGUGGGAAUCAGGGAAAAUUAAAUUUAAUCACAAUUAUAAAAAAUUCUGUUAUUGAUCAUUAGACUAUAAACUUUUCACAUUUUCUAUUUCAUUUGAUUUAUACUGUAUUGCUAUUUCAUAAAUGAACUUAAUAAAUGCAUACUAAAAAAAAUCUUG